AGGGAGUCCCCUGUGGGGAUCGUAAGCUCUGCAAUAAAUCGCAAAAGCUCGGAUCGCCGGCGGUGAUACAAAUAAAUCCGAGUGAUAAGCCACCGAGAGCAGUUCUCAUCCGGCAUUAGAUCUUAGCACACCAUGUUUCCCGCUCGCUUGCUUACGCUUCUGGGGCUUCUGGUAAUCUCUGUGGCCGUCUCCGCCGGAAAGCCGCGUCAUCAAGCCGCUGCCAAUUGUCCGACCAUCAAGCUGAAACGCCAAUGGGGCGGCAAGCCAUCGCUGGGCCUCCACUACCAAGUGCGUCCCAUCCGCUUUGUGGUCAUCCAUCACACGGUCACCAGCGAGUGCAGCGGACUGCUCAAGUGCGCCGAGAUCCUGCAGAACAUGCAGAGCUAUCAUCAGAACGAGCUGGAUUACAAUGAUAUCAGUUACAACUUCCUGAUCGGCAGCGAUGGCAUCGUUUACGAGGGCACCGGCUGGGGACUGCGGGGAGCCCACACCUACGGCUACAAUGGCAACGGCACGGGAAUCGCCUUUAUCGGUAACUUUGUGGAUAAACUUCCAACGGACGCCGCUCUGCAGGCGGCCAAGAGUCUCCUGGCCUGCGGCGUCCAGCAGGGGGAGCUGAGCGAGGAUUACGCCCUGAUCGCGGGCUCCCAGGUGAUCAGCACCCAGAGUCCCGGACUAACGCUGUACAACGAGAUCCAGGAGUGGCCGCACUGGCUCUCGAAUCCUUGAGAGCAAUUAGAAAUCUAGAAAAACUUGUAAAACCUGUAAAA